UGUCAAUUCUCCUAUUACAGUUUAUUUGUAAACGGUCACUGCCAGGCGCCCGGUGUGGCAACCAACUACAGUUUAGCUGCUGAAAUCUCAUUAGUUUGGAUUUACUCGCUGCAGGGAGGAGUAAGCCAGCAAGAUGGAUGUCACAGAAGAAAACAUGACACCAACAGAGAUGCUUGAGAAAAUAGCAGAGCUUGAUUACAAUCACACUCAGCAAAGGGACCUAAAUGCUAUGAUGAGGCAUUGGCUGGAUGUUGCAGAUGAUGAUAUGGCGAUGCUGCGCUCAGAGAACGAUGCCCUCAGAAGACAAGCAGAAGUCCUGGAGAAGAGCAUCAGUGAAGUACAGCACAUUAAAGAAGAGCCUUGCACAUCACUCCUGGAUGAUGACUUCAAGGCAAAGAGAUGCAGUGAAGAAAAGAUUCAGGAUUUUAAGAAGGAAACCACCGUGAUGAAGGAACAGAAUAAGAAGCUAACUGCAGAGCUCAAAAGUCUCCAGCAAGAGAGAGACCAGGACAAGAUCAACUUGAAAAAGUUAAAGGCCGAAUUUCACACCCUGGAGCGUAGAAUGGAAGAGGCUCAGUUUCAGCUGCAGAAUAGGGAUGAGGUUAUUCAUCAGAAAAACAUGCAAUUAAAGCACUCAAAGGAAACGGAAGAAGAGAAUGCUAACUUCGUAAAGUAUCUUAGGCUGGAAAAUCAGGAACUGAGAGAGCAGUUGAAGGACCAAGUGGAUGAGGCCGCAUUCGCUAUGGUGAAUUUGAAUGUGAGCGUGAUGGGAGAAAAGAUAGGAUCGCUCAGUCCUCCUCUGUCCUUCGCAGAGGAAAUUAAGCAACUUGGCUCUUCUGCUGACGUGAAUAGCAGCAUGUCAGACGCCGCAGACCAUAGACAAGAGGAAACAGAGACUGAGGAGCUGCUGAAUCCUCAAAACCUCACCGUCGAACUUCAGACCAAAAAGUGUGCGGGUAUCUUCGAGACAGUCAGCCAGGAAGCAGCACGAUUUCUGCUGUGCGUCGUCACUCUCGCUGUUUUGGCUUUUGCGGUUUCAGGAAACUGUUCAGGGAACUUUGCUUCCAUCAACGACUUGUUGGGCUGUGUAGGCCUGAGGUUACAGCCCUACUGCAGGGUGCAUUAUGUGGCUGCCCCUCCCGUCUGAUCUAAACAUUAAACCAUCUUAUAAACAUA